AUGCGUCUCGAUAUCAAAUCCAAGAGAAUAAAACAAAAAGGGAAGUUAAGGAGCCGGAGGGCUCUUUUCAAGGCCCAGCUAUGUUUUCUCUUGCAAGGGUACGUAUGCGCUUCCUUUGAUUUCUUUUUCUGUAUGCCGUUUUAUGCACGUUCUCCCACUUCGGUCAUAAUUAAAAAACAAAGAUUCGCAUCAUUGGUUAUUGAUAAUUUUCCUUCCCUUUUUGUUUUCCCUUUUUUAUAUUGGUUGCGGUCGCCCAACUUUCGGUACCCCAAAGUGAGUCUCAAACAUCAGCUACACUCUUCCCGUUCGUGUGAAACAUUUUGA